AUGCUUUUCUCCAAGCCCGUACAUAUCGCCAAAGCGGAGGAGCUCCGCAAACCUCCCCCAAAAGGUUCCCCUUACUCUGUACCGAUUCCAGGCUCAGCGCAGCCCGGUCGAAGUCCCGUCUAUCGAGCAUGGAACCACUCACACGAGCUCCUAACCACGCUUGAUCCAGCAGUGACUACCCUACAUGAGAUGUUCGAGUCGACCGCCAACCGCAUACCCAAAAGUCGGUGCUUGGGCCUACGUCCGUAUGAUCCGAAAACCAAAUCCUUCGGUCCCUACCAGUGGCAGGACUACCAGACCGUUCAACGACGACGAGCGAACCUAGGAGUGGGUCUCGUGGAAUUACAUAAAAAACAUGGCCAUCCCGGAGGAAAGCAUGGUGUUGGACUUUGGUGCCAGAACCGGCCGGAGUGGCAGAUUACAGAUCUUGCGUGCACCUCACAGUCGCUGUUUUCUGUCUCGCUCUACGACGUAUUGGGCGCUGAUACAACCGAAUAUAUCAUCAACCACGCUGAAUUAGCAUGCAUCGUCACAUCUCUCCCACACAUUCCCACCCUUAUCAAAAUGAAGUCGAGACUACCGAGUCUCAAAUUUAUCGUCUGCUUGGAUCCGCUUGAUGGAAACGAGCAACCAGGCCUGUCGAAGCGUGCUCUAUUACAGGAAAUGGCCAGUGGCUCCGACUUGACAAUCUAUUCACUAAACGAAGUGGAGGAGCUAGGUGCAUCUCUCAACCGCCCCUACAAUCCACCUACUCCCGAAGACAUCGUCACUAUCAACUAUACCUCGGGGACUACAGGACCCCCUAAAGGCGUGGUAUUGCUGCACAAGAAUGCUAUAGCGGCCCUUUCCGUCAGCGUGAUUGUCACCAAAUGGAGCAACAACGACGUCACGCUUUCGUAUCUCCCGCUUGCCCACAUUAUGGAGCGUCUUAUUGAGCAAGCGUCUUUCUGGGCUGGCGGUGCUCUUGGUUACUAUCACGGAGAAAUAUUGGAACUGGUCGAUGAUUUGAAAACGUUACGUCCAACAGCCUUUGUGUCGGUGCCACGACUUUAUACCCGGUUUGCUGGUGCAGUUCGUACCGCAACUGUGGAUGCCCCGGGCGUUAGAGGGGCACUGUCAAGACAUAUCUUGAGCACCAAGUUGGCAAAUCUCGAAAACCCAGACACGACUAACGCGACCGAGAAACAUGCCAUCUAUGACCGCAUUUGGACUCGCAAAGUCGCCAGUGCUCUGGGUAUGGAUCGGGUCAAAACUUUGGCGACUGGCUCGGCACCUUUGGAUCCAUCUAUUCAAAACUUCAUGCGAGCUGUCACGGGAGCAUCAUUUGUGCAGGGCUACGGUCUUACUGAGUCAUAUGCCAUGGCUCUCGUGCAGAACAUGGAAGAUCGCUCCGUCAAUAAUUGUGGUGCUAUCUCGCCAGGUGUCGAGGCCUGCUUGGCGUCUAUCCCUGAUAUGGAGUACUCUGUGGACGACAAGCCGUUCCCCCGCGGAGAGUUGCUGCUACGUGGAAACCACAUUUUCCGCGAGUACCUCAAGAAUCCUGAGGAAACAGCUUCUGCCUUUACUGAGGAUGGCUGGUUCCGUACUGGUGAUGUCUGCACGAUUGAUGAGCUGGGCCGGUUCAGAAUCAUUGAUCGCCGCAAGAAUGUCCUCAAGCUGGCACAGGGUGAAUAUAUCUCUCCAGAACGUCUGGAAGGUAUUCUCAUGGCUCAGCACACAUAUUUGGCUCAAGCCUAUGUGCACGGAGACAGUCUGCAGACAUCAUUGGUUGGUAUUUUCGGAGUACAGCCGGACACUUUUGCUCCGUUUGCUAGUAAAGUUUUGGGUCAGGAGAUCAGUCCCACCGAUUUGGCUCAAAUCAAGUCAGUCUUGGAUGACGACCGGAUCAAAAAGGCAAUUUUGAAGGAUUUCGACCGAACUGCGAAGAAGCACAAGCUUGCUGGAUAUGAGCGAGUACGAAAGUUCACUUUGAUGAUUGAACCGUUCACUAUUGAGAAUGAGCUUUUGACGCCAACAUUGAAAAUGAAGCGUCCUCCUAUUGUCAAGAAGUUCCGCGCGCUACUUGACAACAUGUACGCUGAACUUGCUGAAGAGCAAUCCGCUCCAAAGGCCAAGCUUUAA